AUGGGCGUCUGCGCCCUCGUCCACCUCCCCGGUGCCCGCGAGGCGGCGCUCUCGGCGCGGCUGAGCGCCAUCGGCUGCACUCGCGCCGGCCGCUGGCGCACGCACUGCCUCUACUUCAAGCCGAAGGUGGCGGCGGCAGCGCCGUCCGCCGACGCCGCUGAGAUCGCGCCGACGCCGCCGCUCGAGCCGCCGCUCGAGGAGGUGUGCGUCCUCCAUUACUCCGAGAGGCCAGAGGUGUACUUUGUCUGCCGCGCCGGCACGGUGCAGGAGAGGCUCGGCGACCUUGCCGGCGUCGAGGCGUGCACCCUCGGCGAGAGCACGCUCGGCGAGACCCACUCGCAGCGGCUGCGCAUCACGGCCGAGGGCGCCGAGUUCCGCUUCGGCGACUUCAUCGUGCGGCUCGGCGGCCUCUUCCUCAACGCGAGCGUCGGCGGGACGGUGGUCGAGGCGGAGUACUUGCCGUGCUCGCGCGCCGGCUGUGGCGAAGCCGUGCUCAAGGACUUUGUGGCGCUCCUCCUCGAGGGCGAGGCGGCCGGCUUCCUCUCUUCCGACGGCGGCGAGGCGGAGGCCGAGCUCGGACGGCGGUACGCAGCGAGCCAGCAGGCGAGGAAGCGGCUCGUCGAGGAGGAGGCGUUGCGCGUCCAAGGGGAGAGGAGGGCGGUCCGGGUGCUCGUCGCCGGCCCGCCGGCGGCUGCGCGACGCGUGCUGCUGCUGCACGGCUACGGCAGCAAGCCGGAGACUUGGGCGAUCGUCGGCGCCCUCGACCGGCUCGCCGAGCGGGGUGUGAGGGCCGUGGCGCCGGAGCUGCCCGAGAUCAGCGAGCGGGCGGUCGGCGCGGAGGCGGCGGCGGAGACCUCCGACCGGCGAACCUUUGUGGCGCGGCUGCUCGAGGCGCUCGGCUGGGGCGACAGGAAAGUCGCCAUCGUCGCGGCGUCGGCCGGCGGCAGCUUUGCGACGCCGUACGUGCUCGCGCCCGCCACCCACCGCAACGUCUCCUGCUACCUCUCGCUCGCCGCGCAGCUGGACCGCUCUGGCGACGUCGCGCCGAGGAAGAGUCGCCCUCCGACGCUGCUCGUGUGGGGGGCGCUCGACAACGCCUUCCCGUCCGAAUGCCUCGCGGCCCAGCAGCAGUACCGAUUCUUUGCGUUCGGAGACGUCCGAAACGCGCGAGAGGACCCCCGCCGGUCACAGUGGGUAGUGCUGCCGGGCGCGCCGCACGCUGUCCACGUCGCUUCGCCCGAGAGGUUUUGCAGCAUGCUGCUGCAGCUCGUGCUCGGCACGAAAUCGGAGAGGGAGAAGGUGACGGUCACCGCCGAGUGGGGGGAUGUGGUCGCCACCGUGGUGCCAGCCGGGGGCGAGGCGGAGUCAAGGAGCGCAGUUCGCGGCACGGUGGUGGCGUCCCCGGCAGGCGGCGAGGCAGGGUCAGGCGGAAGUGUAGCUCAGCGUGGCACCAAAAGGGAGCGGGUCUCGUAG